AUGACAUGCUCAACAUAUCGAUCGAUUCGACUUCUACCAAAAUUAUUCCUUUUUAUUUCGCUAACUUUACUGUAUAUACCAGAAGCCGAAUGUCAGAAUGUCCUGAGUCUAGCCGAAACGAAGCAUUCGUGUAUGGCACUGAAAGCAGAUAUCGGAGAAGGAUGUGUAUGUAAACAAACGAAAAGAUACGGACAACCAGAAUGUUGUUGUAUGGGAUUGGAGGUGGUACGAUUGCCUGCCAAUCUGGCUCUGGAUGUUGGAUAUUUGUACCUACAUAACACUUCAAUCUCUGAAAUUACAUCAAAUUUCUUUGACUCCUAUCCGUCAAUCCGAGAACUAGAAAUCGACAAUUCCCGUUUCUUGGAACACAUCGAUGGUUUCUCUUUUACGGUUCUCCCAAAACUUCGAAAACUUUCUGUGGUGAGGUGUCCAAACCUUAGCGAAAUUUCUGGAAAGCUUCUGGUCAAUAACACUCGGAUUCAGACUGUAAUUCUGAAAAACAAUGGUCUUCGAACGAUGCCUCUUCGAAUGACAGAUUUUCAUCAUGUGUUAGUGGAUAGAAUUGAUUUAUCUCAAAACCAAAUCAAGUUUAUUGGAGACUCAAAAGUCAGAAACGUGAGAGCCAGAACUGUUGUUUUGAGUGAGAACAAUCUUUUGGAAAUAUCCGGAUAUGCAUUCACAGAGAGUCAAUUUUUGAAACUAAAGCUAAACAACAACCCAAACCUACGAAGUCUGUCAGUAGAUGCUUUCAAGAACAUGGCUGGGCUUCAGACUUUAGAUCUCUCACAUACUGCGAUCAGCACUCUACCAAUCAAUGGUUUGAAAAAACUGAAGACCCUAGUUUUGAAUAACGUCCCAACUCUCAAAAGUCUUCCAAGUAUUUUGAGUUUCACCGAUCUGGAAACUGCCCACUUCACCUAUCCGCAUCACUGUUGUUUGUUCAAAUAUGUAGAUGACGUGACGAUGAAUGAUAACGGAAAAUAUCAACGGAAUGCUAAAGAAAUUCAUAAAAGAAUUUGUGAAAAACGAGAGCAGCAGGAGUUAGCAAGAAGAAGGAAACGUGAUACUUCUGGAGUGGAUUUUCUGGAAAUGUUGUUGAAGGAAUGGACAGAUAAUAGUACUUAUACAGGACCAGAUGAUAACGAUGAUGAUGAGUUGCCACCUUUCACUGAAAUUGGAGCGGAACCAUGCCAAUCGAUUGGUGAAGAAGUUCAAAAAUACUAUUCAAAUAUUACCUGUUACCCACAACCAGAUGCUUUGAAUCCAUGCGAAAAUAUUGUCGGAUACCCAUUUCUUCGAGUUGCCAUCUGGAUUGUAUGUUUCGCUGCAAUCGUAGGAAACAUUGUUGUUUGGAUCUUAUUAGGAAUUGUUUAUGAGAAGCGAAUGAGAAUUCAUUAUUUGUACAUGAUCAAUAUGUCAGUUGCUGAUAUGUUCACAGGAGUGUAUCUGGCAGUUCUUGCCAUCGCCGACGCAAAGAUGUCAGAUGAAUACUACCGUCAUGCAGUCUGGUGGCAAACUGGAUGGGGAUGCAGAGCCGCUGGUUUCUUGGCUGUUUUUGCUUCGGAGCUAGGAAUUAUUUCCCUGUUUUUGAUUGCAUUCGAAAUGUCAUACAAUACGAGACAAUCAUUCCGUGGACGAAGACUCAGUCCGAAAGUUGGAGUACUUUUAAUGAUUGGUGGAUGGUUGUUUGCUAUUGUGAUGGCUAUUCUCCCAUGGUUCGGAGUGUCUUCAUACUCUGAAAGUAGUGUGUGUCUACCAUUGAAAGCUACAACAAUGUUUGACAAGAGUUAUCUGAUAUUUGGAUUGAGUUUCAACUUUUUGGCAUUCACAGCGAUGGCAUUGUCAUACGGUUUCAUUGUGAAAAUGCUCAAAGAAAAUGAAACAAGAGAGGAGGAUCGAGCAUUGAUCACUAAAAUGACAGUACUAGUGGUUACCGAUCUAAUCUGCUGGUUCCCAACUCUCUUCUUCGGAUUCACCGCCACCAUCGGAUUCCCUCUUCUCUCCCUAUCUUCUGCUAAAUUCGUCCUCGUAUUCUUCUUCCCGAUCAACGCAUUCGCAAAUCCAUUUCUCUAUGUUUUCUUUACUGAGGUUAUUCAACAUCGUGUGAGAAGCAAGACGAUUCCAGUCAUCCGGAGAAUCACAACUGGACCACUGAAUGCCGCGAGUUCUCUAUCGAAUUUCUAUCACUCCCAACCACCAGGAGCCCAUAGAAGAAGCCGAGAUGAGCAAGCAAGUCCGUCUGGAAUGCAUUUGGCAGUUACCCAGACAACGUCAUUGAACAGUACACCGAGAGGAUCCAAUGUCUCUUCGAGAGCUUCAGAUGCCAUGCUUUUUGAUUAUGAAAGAAGAGCAAGCGCCUCUCCACGAGUUUCCUUCGAUAUUCCGAUUUCUCCAACAACUCCAAGAUCCGAUAGAAAGAAUCGGAUAUCAUUACUGAAACGGAUAGUGUCAUCAGUUCCAGAAGUAUCAGAUCUAUCAGAACAUUCUAGUGAAAGUCAUCACGAACAUGUUCCUCAUCCUCGUAGAAAACUGAGAUCUUCACUGAAUCGGAUACUAGCACUGGGCAGAAGACAGGAAGGAUCAGCCGAUUCGGGUAGAGGUUCUAUUGCCUCGUCUUCUGGAUCGCGAGACCAAAACGAGCGUGUCUCCCUAACAAGCAAUACGUCUUCAAUUCUGAGUCCCCUUCUCUCACUUCCGUUCAAUCAAGGCUCGUCCACGAAUCCAAAUAAUUUAAUUCUUCCACCAGAAUCCCCUGCGUCAAAAAAUCGCCGAAAAUCGACACCAGCUAUACCACUUCUUGUAGUUUCUGAUUGCUCAUAG